AAGAGAGAAGAGACAAGUACCAUUUAACAAUACUCAACUCCCAUUCAAGAGAACAAGAAAGAAAACGUACUAAAAACAAAUAUCAUCAUGAAUAUCUUUCGACGUAAACGAAAUGAAAAAGAAGAAGAAGAAACCAAUUCAUCAAAUCAAACCAAAGUCAAUAGUCCGAACAGACAACAACAAAACUCUGCAAGAGCUCGACAUUCAGUAGCCGUCUCAAGCUUAGGAACUCAAACCAUCAAUAAGCGUAACAUAUUCGGUCAUCAUCAACCUAACAGACCAAGCUCAAAUCAAUAUCGAGAAUUACCACCGAGAUCGAUUUCAGCAUCAUAUGUACCACAACCAUCAUCUAAAUCAAACAGAUCCAAUGGAAUUCCAAGAUCGACUAUCACUUAUGGAAAAUCAUUAUCACAAGUAGCUGCUAGUCCAGAAAAACCAAAAAGUAAGAUCCAAACGAUUGCCCAUCAAUUAGAAAGUAAAUUAGAUAUUUCCACUUUAUGGGAAUGGCCAAAAGAUCAAUGGAAUGAGUUUUGGGAUUCAUUAGAUUUUGAUGAGAUGGGUGUUAGUUUUGGUUUAGGUUUGGUUGGAUUACAAAUCUUGAUUAGAUUGGUUUCUGGGAUUGAGAAUGCUAGAAGAAAUUUAAUUAUUUCUAGAAGAAUGAAUGGGAUUCAUUCGAUUGGUGAUAGAUUAAAUGAAGCAAGAGAGUUAGUUAAAAAACAAUAUCCUACGGGUUGGCUUGAAGUGUUAACCUUCUUAUCAGUUUGUUUAUGUGGUUAUUCAUGUUAUAAUGCUUAUAAGUUAUUUUCAGCUAGAAGAUCUUAUCGUAUGCACAUUCGAGAACUGAUCACUGAAAAUUCAAUGAUCGAACAAAAGGAUCCGGUCAAUUCACCUAAUGUAACGCUUGUACAAUCUCCAACUGCACCAACUCCACAAGCAAUUAGUUGGGCUCAAACAAUCUGGAGAAUGUUAAGAAGAUUAUCAUCUUUAUUAAUAGGUUGGCCAAGAUCAGGCUUAGAAGAUCUACCUCAACCGAGUCAAAUUCAUCAAUUAGAUGUUUGGGAACCUUCCAAACUUAGAUUAAGAAUCUUAACAUUUUAUCCUCCACCUUUAGCUUUUCUCUUGCAUUUUGCUACUAUUAGCGAAAAUUGUAUGAAUUGGACUAUCAUGAUUUUAACAAUCCAAUUCCAAACACAUUUACUUAUUAAAUCAUUCACUCAAUUAAACAAAGAUAAACAAAUCAUCCAAGCAGAAGUUAUGCAUGAGUAUAAUGCUCAAUUUGUUUAUCCUAGAACGUUUCCUCUUACUAGAUCUAUUGGUACAAUGACUAGUUCAGCCGAAUUUAUCAGAAGAGAAGAUUGGGUAACUUAUUAAACCCGCUGAAAAACAUUUUUUUCUUUAGUUUGUCUUUGGCUUUUUUUUUGGUCUCGCAUCUCUUAUUGCAUCAAGUUAUAUAAAUCAAUGCCAAGUGACUCAAACUUGUGAUAUAUCGUGUUUUGUUUUUUUAAAUCUAUUUAUAUUUGUAUAUAUGUCUAUGUGGAUGGAAAGAAAAAUGGUAAGUUUUAUUGUUCUCAUUUCUAUUUUCGGUCUGUUCUUUUGGAUUGCGAAUGGUCAUUUUGAGAGGAUAUUUUUUUCUUCUUUAUGCAAAGAGGGUGGGAAAUGAGUUGGGUGAUAUUGGUGAUUAGUGACUAUGUACUACGUUACUUGAAUUUACUUAUGUCCAGAUCGCAUUCAAGUGGUAAGAACGGAAGAGCAUAUGAUUUCGUCUACAUAGACAGUUUGGUUGACUUGUUCUAUCCUUUUUAAAGAGUCUCUGAGUUUGUAUUACGCAAAAAAAGAAAAUUCUAUGAUCAUCAGAUUAAGGAAAAGCAAGAGUUUUCAAUCUUGGUGGAAUUGAUCAUGUUUCCGACCAAGGGGUUUUGUGUGUGUGAUAAUACAUUUGUUUACAAUUUCACAUUUUUCUUGGUCCUUGGUUAUUGAAAAGUCAUCUUUUCUGGGUUUCUCUU